AAAGACCACUUGUUGAUAAGAGAGUUCAUUGUAAUUGAUAGAUGUGCAUGGGUGGAGCAGCUAUUUGUGUCGGAAAGUUUUAAAGCGAAAUGAGUAGCGAAAUUGAAGUUUCGGAAACCCCGAACUGGUUGCAGGAAUUAGAAGACAAGAGAGAGAGAAGACUGAAAGCGAGAUUAGGCCACGAGACUGGAGCCGGCGCCCCUUGCUUGAAAUGCGGAGAAAAAUGCCCUGGACUGGAUCUUCACUUUUGGAGGAAAUGCUGUAAAAUUUGCAAGUGCUCCAAAGAAGAACACGAGGUUCAAGAUGACGAUAUUUACGGAUGGGCCCAAUUCCAGUUACUGGGAAGUAAACCCAAUAAAAUCAAGAGGAAGAUAAAGCUGCCUGGUAAAAAAGACGAGCUUGAACUGGACUGGACCCCGAAAGGCCACAAUGAAACGGUGGAUAAAUACCUCAAAACGCUGCCCCCAGAACAGCUCCCUGUCAAGGGCUCCCAAGCGGCGCAGGACAGGAAACAACUCCUGCAAAAACAAAUCCCUAUCCACGACAUCGACCCGACGCUUUGCCACGAACUAAGCAAUGACGAACUGAAACAGAUGAACGACUACAUUUCCCACGUGAAACAAACUAGUGUCGGCGUGGGACAAAUCGUGAGCUUGUCGAACAUCAUAAAAGCUAAUCUGCACAUGCUGAACCCCAGCGAGGCGGCUCUGAUAGCCAGUCGUUACCCGAAAGGCAUACCUCUGUCGGAAAUCGUUAAACUUCACUCGCAAAACAGGGCCAACGCGCUGAAACCGCAAGGCGUGAACGAGAAGUUGGAGAAGCUUAAUUUGCAGGAGCCUACGAACAAAAUGCUACCUAAGUUGAAGCCGAAUGUGGUCAGUACCACGGAAGUAAACCUUAAUCCGUGGGUUUCGAACAACGUACGCGAUAUCAACUACCCCGGUUACACGAAAGAUACGAAUCAGGUGCCCACAAAUGCUCAGUUUUCCGUCGGGUUGAAAUCAAGACAAAGCAGGAACUAUAUCGCGGGUAGUCAUCCAGAUCAAAAUAUUCCUCCGACGAUUGACGAGAACCUUCUGCAAAACCUCAAUUUCAACCCGAAGAACGUUCCAAGUCAGUUUAUACAGCAAAGCGGCCAUCACGCACAGCCCUAUCCAUACAAAGUCGGCCAACAGAAUGUACCGACUGAUGAGCGUACACCCGGAAACGUUUCCAAUCAGCCAAACAGCGCGUUCGCCCCUUACAACAAAACUUCAGGGUACAGACCAGGCGAGAGAUAUAUCGGCGACAGUCCCUCGAGAAACCCCAACUAUACUUCUAACGUUCCGAGACUUGGUUCGAGAAGUCCGAGCGGUUAUCGACAAAGCGAGGUGCCGGGUUCUGAGCCUGAGACGAGUUUUAUGGAGGAUUUGGAUCAGUUACACCCCAAUUUCGCUAAACAUCUCGCCAAGUACCCAAGCGGUCACAAAAAGGAUGACCAGGAACAAAACUUUGGAACACCCGCUGAAAAUAACGCGCUUAAUUACGAAAACGUAGGAGAAAUGAGGAAAAAUAACGGACCAGGGUUACCGAGUUACGUACCGGGCAAGUACAACGUAGUUUCGGAAAUGCUAACUCCUACUAAAGUGGGCAAAAACCUAAAAGAUCUCGCGUUUGGUACUUACAACCCCAACGAUCUAAAUUCUACCAGACGAGAAAAUACCAAUGAAGAAAAUGCUUUUGCGCCACCAAAUUUGGCUUAUGAGAACUACCCACCCGGGUACUUUGAUAACAAAUUUGGAGAGAAUCAACUUAAAGUACCUACGGGCAGAUAUCCCGAUUACAAAGCUCCACUCGACGAAAAUGUACCACACGAUCAAAAUCUGCUUGGACAACAUGAAAAGUCGUAUCCAAGUGACAAUAUUCCCGCACAAGGCCCCAACGUACCUUUCGAUAUUAAGAAUUCACCCUACGACCAAAAUUUGAGAGGUCUGAAACCAGGACAGUAUACCGGACCCAACGAUACUCCACCAAAUCUAGGUCUGAGCAACCCAUACACUCAAAAUGUGCCUUACCAACAACCUUAUCAAGGUGGUAAUGUUCCUACAGAGGGCAUAAACGUGCCUUACGACCAAAAUUCGAGCGGUCUGAGACCAGGACAGUAUAUCGGACCCAACGAUAGUUCAUCGAAUCUGGGUCUGAGCAACCCAUACACUCAAAAUGUGCCUUACGAACAACCGUAUCCAGGUGGUAAUGUCCCUACGGAGGGAGUAAAUGUGCCUUACGACCAAAAUUCAAGCCGUCUCAGGCCUGGUCAGUACGCCGGUCCAGGCAACAGUCCAUCGAAGGUGCCAAACCCUGACGUGCCCUUAGCACCGUACGAUCCUUACCAUCCAGGCGGGGUCAUCCCAAGUCAACAAACCUUCUCGCCCGGCGCCAAACCUACUAAAAAACUGUCAGAACUGCACCCAGGCAAAAUCAAUAUCGACGAGGACUACCUGCAGCCGAGCCAAGUGACCAUCGGGGCGAUCCAAGACAUCGACUACCCAGAAAUCAAGGCAGCUACACAGGGCACCAACGACUUCUACGAGGACUACAGCCCGGACAGCCUACGGGAGAUCCUGAACAACGUAAAACUCCCCGACUGCCACUACUGCAAGAAACCGUUCGAGGAGAACGAGUUCGCCGUAACCAUCGACAGGGCCAACGUAUUGUUCCACGCGCAGUGCUUCAAGUGCGCCGGGUGCAACCAGAUCCUCGCCGACAACGUCUACUUCUACAACAAGGAAACGGACAACGUCUACUGCGGGAGAGACUACGCCAAGGUGCGGGGCUUCCCCAGGUGCAAGGCCUGCGACGAGCUGAUCUUCACCAAGGAGUACUGCCUGGCGGAGAACUCCACGUUCCACUUGAAGCACUUCUGUUGUAUCGAGUGCGACAAGCCGCUCGCCGGCCAGGAUUACACCCUGGAGGACGAGAUGCCGUACUGCCUCCCGUGUUUCGAGCACAGCAAGGCGAGCAAGUGCAGCUCGUGCGGCAAGGUCAUCAAGCCGGACGAGGUGGGGUGCAGCCUAAAUACGGUGCAUUUCCAUGCCGUGGACGAGUGUUUCGCCUGUAAGGUGUGCAAGAAGCCGCUGAUGGGGAAGAAGUUGCUGCUGCGCAACGAGAAGUUGUACUGCUCUCACGACUGUUUCGGAACUGAUAGGAAGUAAAUAGUAAGAUAAGGUUUUUAUAUAUUUUUUUGUCGUAUUUACUUGACUGAAAGCUUGUAGUUGACGUAUGUUUGUAUUAAAUCGCAAUGGGUGAUAUAUUUCGUAAGAUGCUAGGUGCCAAUCAGUAAGAUAAUUAUUUUUGUCCGUAUUUGUAUUCAAAAUAGUUAUCCACGUGCCAAGAUAAGGAGGAGCCCUAAAAAGCCUUGUAAGUAUAUUUUCUGGGUGUGGCGCGUUCAAUAUUUUUUGUGCUGCCGCCAAUAGUUUGACAAUAAUAGAACUACAACAUUGGUCAUAAGUUUAUAUCAAAAUCAGCAGCAGUCGCUUCUAUAUCGAAUGUUUUCUUCGUCACUUUCAUCGCUAUUUGUCUUGAAACGACUUAGAGUAAAAACUAAGCGUCAACUUUGAACUUUGUUUUUAAUACAAGUUUCGACGUAAGAGCUCGGUAAAGUUACUUUACCGAGUUCUAGUGUCACAUUACCGAGCUGUUCCCUCCUUUCGGAUCUAACUUGUCAACGACGCACUUUCCGAACUAAAAGCGAUCGGAAACGGACAUUUUCUAAAGUGGCAGCACAAAAACAUAGUUUAUGCAUUUAUUAUUACUUAUUAAUUGCUUUUAGUGAGUAACGGUAAUACAAUUAUUAAUCUGCAUUUAAUGUUUGUGCUUUAUGUAUAUAGUAGGAUCAUAUUUGAUGCAAAGUAAUAAGUCAUUGCCUGUCAAGGGAUCCAGUGCAGUGCGGUUUUAGGGGAUGUAGAAAUUGAAUAAUUUCUUGCAUUAUGAAUUGAUGAAAGGAUCAGUGCACGUCUGGCACUCCUGUCCCUUCAAAAAUUCCUUUAUUCUCGUAGACUAUUUAUUUUAAAUGUAUGUAAUUUAUUAUAAAACCAAUAUGUUUUUUAAAUUCCUCUACUACAUUUUUCCUCUGUACGCGCCAUUGUUGUUUACUUGUUUUUGGAGACGGUCUCUCAUUUAUGACCAAGCGUGCCAGGUUAGUAUUUAACGUAUAACCGACCACUUCGUAUACUCGAUGCGCCUGGGUGACUACAGCUACCACCAGAACACAGUGCGUAUGCAGCGGUAUUUCAGAUUUUACAUUCAAUUUAAUUUUAAAUUGGAAAUGGUUCUACUUACGC